UUUUUAUCAUUUUGUCGUUUACUCCGUUUAAUUCUCUCUCUACUAAACGUUAAAAUCGCUAUGUAUAAAUAUUACGUUAUAAAAUUCUCCGAAUCAUAGUAUUAUCAUCAAAAGGACAAAUAGAAUAGAGAUGGUGGAGAUUCAGGGAAGAUUCAAGAGAACUGAGUCGGCUUUCAACAUGGCGGCGGCGCGUGUACGUCCGCCGUGUGAUAACAGCAGCGGGAGCGAUCAUUCCCCGGAUCUUUCGGAUAUGGUCGCAUCUUUUAUGGAGAGAGAGGGACAAAAAGUAUUACCGGUGGUGGUACAAGAAAUGGAUUCUUCUUCCAACGAUAAUGAUCUGGAAGAUGUGAAUGAGAGGUUAGGGAAGCUUUUAGAAGGUUUAUCCGGCAGCGAAGAGAGGAUGAGAAUAGUGGCGGCGGUGACGGAGGUUGCUGGAACGUUGUUCGUCGGAGAUAUUAGUUCUUCUUCUAAGCGUCAAUUGAUGGCUUUUCUACGUAACAAGGGUUUUGAUGCAGGUCUUUGCAAGUCGCGCUGGGAGAGAUCCGGCAAGUACACCGCCGGCAAGUACACCGCCGGAAAAUAUGAGUACGUCGACGUUAGAUGCGACGGGGAUCAUUGUAAUCGGUACAUCGUCGAAACAAACCUUGCCGGAGAAUUUGAGAUAGCCCGACCAACGAGAAGGUACCUUUCAAUACUAAGCCAAGUGCCACGUGUCUUCGUGGGAACUUCGGAGGAGCUGAAACAUCUCGUGAGGAUCAUGUGCCACGAGAUGAGACAGUCGAUGAAGCACGUAGGGAUCCACGUGCCGCCGUGGAGGAGAAACGGUUACAUGCAAGCUAAGUGGUUUGAUUUGUAUAAACGAACCUCAACGACGGCAACAAAUUACGAAAUGGUUGAUAGUAAUGAUACGACGGCGUUUAAGGGUUGCAAGGAAGAGUUUUGGGAAACGAGAGGUCUUAAGGUUAUGGUUGGUCAGCUCUCAGUUGCUUUCAACGCUAGUGGAGUUGAAGUGUAAUAAUUUAAAAAUAAAAAGUGUUGAAAUUUUUUUGAGUUCUUUACCUAAAUGUAAACUAAUUUUGGGUUUUGUUUGUAAAUAGUGAUAUUUUUGGUGAUUUUGGUAAGCAAAUUAA